GUGAACUGCUUAACCACUCUGUUUUAACUGUUGCGGAUGCUUUUCCAAUAUAAAUGCAUAGUUGUAACCAAACAUUUGCACAUUGUUGUAAAAUGUCACACAAAUAGGAUCAAAAGUGUGUAUAGAUAUAAUAAUGCGAAGGUUAGGAGACAGAAUAGGUUACAGUUACUACACUGUAGGUAUGCAAAGAUUAAGCAUGCUAUAGCAUCAAUAAUGCAACAUCCAAUGUAUUUUAAUGACCUUGUGUAAAUCAGUUGAUUUCUUCUUGCUCGCUUCCUGGUCUUGUGGAACGGUUCCAAGUCUUUCGCAGAUUCCGAUGCAUUAGAUCCAGUCACGCGUCUGCUAAAGCUCUGAUUUACAGAACAGGAAAUUUACAACAAAUGGCCUGAACUACUUAACAAACCGUUUUGAAUCUAAGAAGUAAAUUAUUUAGAUGAGGUCUGCCGUUUUUGCAUUCCCAUGAACACUUGGCGUCGUUGGGUAUUUUUGUUCAUCUUUUCAGCGAUUUUAGCAUCGUUUUUUGGCGAGUAUCUUAUUUUUAUGUCUUGUAAAUGUAUUCGAAAAAGACACCUUUAUUAGAAGAGAAGCUAAUAAGAAGGUUUUUUUUGAUGAUAAUGUUGCUAAUAAACAAAAUUGGUUGGAGAUUCUGUACAAAGAAACUUCUGAUGAAAAGUCUUCACACAGUGAUAUUGACAAACAUAACUGUCGUAUGGACACCUGUUUUGAUUACACUCUCUGCCAACGUGAUUUCAAGGUUUAUGUGUACCCACGAUCAUCAAAACAACCUAGUCCAUCUUUAACCUACCAAAAAAUCCUUACAGCUCUACGCAAUUCAAAACUUCUUACGUCAGACCCAUAUGAAGCUUGUAUUUUUAUUCCCAGUCUGGACACUCUUGAUCGAGAUCCCUUAAGUCCACAUUUUGGUCAGUAUAUCGCUCAAGAGCUGGUUAAUCUUCCAUUUUGGAAUUCACUACCUAAAAGAGAUGUUGACACAAACUCAUUUUCUACCACUACUCAGAACCCUUCAGAACACGCGGGUCGUAAUCAUCUAAUAUUCAAUCUGUACACAGGCACUUGGCCAUAUUAUCACGAAGAUGAGUAUCGUUUGUGGUUAGGCCAAGCAAUGAUAGCCAAAGCCAGUUUCUCAACUAAACAUUUUCGUCCGAAGUUUGACAUUUCUUUGCCACUUAUCCAUCCUGAACAUCCUACACGAUCAGGAAUAAAUCAUGUACAACACUUGGUGAGCAGUGAACAUUUACGAGGUCGAGUUGAUUUGCCGUAUCUUCUAAGUUUUAAGGGUAAGCGCUAUGUCAGUGGGAUAGGAUCAGCAUCACGUGAUAUACUCUUUCAUUUGCACAACGGAGAGGAUAUAAUUAUGUUGACUACUUGUCGUCAUGGCACGGACUGGACUCGAUAUGCCGACAAACGCUGCGCUACUGAUAUGGCUUUAUAUGACACGUAUAAUUAUUGGGAACUAAUGCAUAAUUCUACAUUUUGUCUUGUCCCUCGUGGUCGCCGACUAGGAUCAUAUCGAUUUUUAGAAGUUUUACAGGCGGGUUGUAUCCCAGUUAUGUUGAGCAACGAUUUAGAACUUCCGUUUUCUGAAGUGAUUGACUGGAAUCGAGCGGUUGUUUGGGCUGAUGAACGACUACCGUUGUUACUUCCACUGAAUUUGCGACGUAUUACAUCGCACCAAAUUAUUCAGUUUCGACAACAAGUUAUGUUUCUUUGGCACACUUACUUGUCGUCAAUUGCAUCCAUUGUUCUUACAACACUUGAAAUACUACGUGAUAGAGUUUCACUUCGUACACGAAGUUAUGAGGUUUGGAAUUCUUUACCUGGCGGUCUUGUGCUUUCUCAUAUGAAUUCUGUAGAUAAUUGUGAUGUGACAUUAUAUCGGUAUCCAGUUCAGUGUCAGGUGGAAAUCAGGUCAGGUUUUACUAUGCUUAUUCCGAUUCGUCAAGAACUUUGCGAUGUAUAUAAAGAACGUAUGAAGUCAUUUCAUGGAACACUUUUUCGUUCAGUAUUUUUGCGAAAGAUAAUUCUUGUUUGGCAGUGUAACAGUCCUCCACCAACCCACACUGAACUAAAUUCGUAUAUUUCAGUUUCCAUUGAGGUAGUUUUGCCUGAUGAACGUUACUUGAUGGGAUAUCCUGCAGCAUCUGCAUCUCCAAGUGUUCGUUUUCAACCCUUUCGUGAAAUUCCUACCUUGGCUGUAUUUACAUACACACUUGAAUUGAACGUUACAGUUGAACAGAUAAAUUUCGCCUACUUAACUUGGCAGGAGUUUCCAAAUCGCCUGGUUGGAUUUCAAGCUCGUUCUCACUAUUGGAAUAAUACAGAUAGUCUGUGGAAAUAUGAUGACAACCACCAUCGAAACAAUUUUCAAUUAUUUUACUGAAUGGUGCUUUUUACCAUCGUCACUAUCAUCGCUUGUAUCGAACACUUUUGGACCGUAAACUCCAUGAGAUUGUUGAUGUAUUUAAUGAUUGUGAAGAUAUUCUAUUUAACUGCCUUAUAAGUCAUGUGACUACUCUUCCUCCAGUGAAAGUAUUUCAGUCAAGUCAAACAGAGCGAGAACCGUUGUUGAACCAUGGUAUUUUGAACUCAACUGACCUCAGCGAUUAUCGUGAUCGAAGAGGUCUAUGCAUACAGGCUUUUUCACAGCAUUUUAUUAAAUUUCCCUAUACAGGUGAACAGUUUGAACCUGCUAGUCAACAUACCAGUGACAACGACACACCUGAAUUAUAUUUACCGCUUUACAUGAAUUCCCACAGUAUCGAUCGUUUCGUACAGUGAACAAGUCAGCGAACUCAUAUGGCGCGUGAUGCCGUGGCUUCGAACACUUUGUAAGUACGCUGAUGCUAAGAAAAAAUCCCCUUCACUUCAAAUGAAAACUUGCCUCAAGUUGCAACGACGUCAGACGUUAUGUUGCACACUGCGGAGUAAUAUAUACCGUAAUCCUGCUUAAGAUAACUUUAGCUGCAAGAAUUAUAUCAUUUGAACUAUAGAUAAUAUUACUGACUAAUGUCGGACAUCGACACCGUUGUUGUAAUUUGUUAGUUUUUUCACUGCAUUAUAUGUGGCCUAAAAUUUCACUUUUUUACUGUAAGAAAGCUGUAGACUAGUA